AAUUCUUUGCUUGAGAACACUCAUAUCGAUGGGCCUGUUGAAAACAAGGAAAACUCGUCUUCAUGCACACCUCCAUCACCUCCUCUGCAAAUUAUGGAUGCCACUGAGGAGACUACAACUCCUCGAACAUUAGAAUACAAUGAGAAUGAAAUCGAAUCCAAUGAGAAAUUUCAAAAGAUACUUGACUCUCAAGAGCAACUCACUCGACUACAACAUUUUGAGGAGAAAAACACAGAGGACCUCUAA